ACCGCACUAGGACCGCACGCACCACCAUUUCCUCCCUCGCUCUUCCCGGCCGCCGCGAGACGAGAACGAGAUCACGGUGUAUCGCCGCCGGCGGCCCGACCGCCCGAGCGGUGAACCCUAGCCACCGCGGCGCCCGCCAUGUCGCACUCGAACCCCCACGGCGACACCAUCCCGCUCCACCCCUCGUCGGCGCAGUCCGACAUGGACGAGAUCGAGAGCCUCAUCCACGCCGCCCCCUCCGCGGCGGCCGUGCUCCCCGCGCGGCCCCCGUCGCCUCCGCGCGCCUCCAUCCCGGUCUCCAGCUCGCCUCCCUUGCUCCCUCCAGCCGGAUCCAGGCUGCCGACGCCGACGCCGCCGCAGCUCACCCCGUUCACCUCCUCCGUGGCAUCGUCGUCCUCUCCGCCGCUCCCCUCCGGCUCCGUCUCCGUCCCCAUCGCCGCCGACGGGUUCGGCCCGGCGCCCAACACGCUCACCGAGCCCGUCUGGGACACCGUCAAGCGCGACCUCUCUCGCAUCGUCAGCAACCUCAAGCUCGUCGUCUUCCCAAACCCUUUCCGCGAGGACCCAGGGAAGGCGCUACGCGAUUGGGAUCUCUGGGGUCCCUUCUUCUUCAUCGUCUUCCUUGGCCUCACCCUCUCCUGGUCCGCCUCCGUCAAGAAGUCUGAAGUAUUUGCUGUUGCUUUUGCUGUACUAGCUGCUGGUGCCAUAAUUCUCACACUGAAUGUGCUGCUGCUGGGUGGGCAUAUCAACUUCUUUCAAAGCCUAAGUCUUCUUGGUUACUGCUUGUUCCCAUUGGAUGUUGGAGCUUUGAUUUGCAUGCUGAAGGAUAAUGCCAUACUGAAGAUUAUCGCAGUAGUGGUUACAUUAGCUUGGAGCUCCUGGGCUGCGUAUCCUUUCAUGAGCGCUGCUGUUAACCCAAGGAGAAAGGCGUUGGCGCUAUAUCCUGUCUUCCUUAUGUACGUCUCUGUUGGGUUCCUCAUCAUCGCAAUAGAUUAAGCACCGAACAGCCGCUAUCAUUUUGCCCUUCUUUCUAUAAGCAGAAGUUGUAAGGCUGUAGAAUAACAGAAUGUAGUAGAAUAUAGUAAAUGUUGUAAAGGCACCUCAUGUUUUCACAAUCUAGAUAAUUUGUAGACUGUUAAAUUGGCCUGUGCACUGUGUUUUGGUGCCUACCAUAUCUGCGGUGCUGCCACGGCCCUUUUAUCCUGUAUUCUAGUUAGUAGUUUGCCAGUUGGUGGUAACUAAACCUCUCCUCGUCUACUUGUUGGCUGAUUAGUGAUUAGUCAGUCAAAAUUUGAAUUUUGAAACCUAAUUUUAGAAUUGAAAGUUUUUCUGUUCAUAGUCCAUUUUCUUGCAUUGUAUUUUAAACCGCAAAUAAUACAUGUAUAAAAGUUUUACCCAUAA